GACGGUCCUCGCUCCCUCGGGCACCUGGGCCGGGGUGGGAUGGGAUCCCCUAAAACCAGUCGGGGUGCCCUACUUCGCCCACGGGAGAAGGACAGGACCAGGGGAACGUUGGGCCGCUCCAGGAUCUGCUCUCCGGGAUGGAAGGGGCCGGGCAUCCAAGAAGCAGCAGCCCCACUUCUGGUGUCAUCGUGGGGGGCCACCUUGGCUUUUAGGACGUUCCCAAGGGCUGGGCCGCAGCGGUUGACCCCGGGAGGCAGGCGGAGUUUUGCAGAGCGGGGCGGGGAUGGCGGUAUCUGGGCCACAGAGCUUCUCACCUGGGGCGGGUGGGUGUUCCACCACCCUCCCGCCCUCUUUCCUCCGCGCGUGAGCCAGAGCCGCAUCCAGCACCACGGACAGCUCCCGGGUGAUUCCCAAGAGAGUGGAGGAGUUAUGACCAAGGUCACUCAGCGGGGUAGUGGAAAUGCCAAGAUGCAGCCUCCUGAACUCCAGCCUGGCCCUGCCCACCGUGUCUGAUACAUCCUGUGGGGGCCUCCCUGCCUUUGCUGCAAUGUUGAUGCUGGUAGAGAGGGCUCACAGGUUGUCCUUGCCCAAAAAAGGACAGGAGGCAUGCGUGGACAUGUGAGGUGUCCACACAAGCCAGGAAGAGGAGAUUCCAUGAUCCUGCACAUUCCUGUCUUGGGAAGUCCUUGCCAGUGUCUAACCCCGAUCUGUGCCGAAGCACCUGUUCUUCGACCCUUGGCUUGACAUGGCUACUUUGAGAAGUAAGGAACACACUGCCACACGGAUGCAGUCACUUCACUGGGCUGCCUGGACUCCAGCUGUUGGCACCUGGCCAGCUUGGUGAGGUCCCAGUGCCCCUUCAAGACUUGGGGACCCAAGUCUAAGAUCUGUUGUUUAGAGCGGCGCCCAGCCGGCUCAGUCAGUAGAACGUGUGGCUCUCAAUCUCAGGGUCGUGAGUUCAAGCCCCAUGUUGGGCAUGGAGCCUACUUACAAUAACAAUAAUAAUAAUAAUAAUAAAUAAAUAAAUAAAAUCUUGCUUAGACAAGGGGAGUCUGUGUCACAAAAUGCUUUGAAAUUCCCCUUGCCUCCAUCCCCACCCGAAGAGAGAAGCACGAACCAGAAGUCACUGGAAAGUGAUAGUGUCCCAGGCCCUCAGGGUCGGUGGGGGGGGGGGGUCCCCUAGGAAGGCAGUCUCCCUGCUCCCACCGUUCGGGAGGUUCUGACGGUCCCUGAGAGAUCCUGAGGUGGUGAGGACUCCCUCCCUCUGGAGCUCAAGCAGAAGGCAGAGAAUGGUCACCUUGACCCAGAGGGGCAGCCCGAAGGGGCACUGAGCAGGGGCUAGCUUUGCUGGGGGAAUCUUGAAUGAGGGGCAGGUGGAGAGAGAGAAAGGAGGCCAUUCUCCACUGAGGCAGGGUGGGCUGGCAGGGAGGGGCUGGGGAUGAUUUACGACAUCAUUGUUCCCCCCCCCCCACAACUACUGGACGGUUGCUAGGAGAUGCUGGCUAUCUGUGUCUGGGCGGGGAGGGCCAGACUGCUCCAUCUGGAUGACUCCUCCCCUCCUCUGAGCUUCACCCAUUACCCCUCCCCAGACCCCGACACACACCUUCCCUUCUGUUGGCCCCCAAAUCCAGCCAGCCUGGGGCUCGUGGGGCUCGCAGGCAGCCUGAGGAUCUGGGACCAGGAAGCCAACAGGGAGCCCUGGAGGGAGAGGCCAGCAGACUCAGCUGGGGUGCUGAGGAGCGGCCGGCUCACCUCAGGGCCUCUGGGAGCCAGGGCAGGACGAGGGCCAAGGGAAGUCGGGGCCCCGAGGAGCCCAGGUUUGAGGGGGACUGAGUCCAGUGUGAUGGGCGAGGCAGACCCCAAUCACACCCCUCCACAGUACCGCCCGAGUCAAGGUUAGAGGCCUGUAAAGGCCGGGUUUGGGGUCAUGGCGUGGAGCACUGAGGGCAGGGGGGAGUAAGGCUAGACCAUCGGAUCUGAGCGGAGGGAGGCUGUGUUGGGGCAUGGCUCAGAUCCCCUCCUCUUCCAGAGAUUCCCUCUUCAGAUUUCAAAGCCCUUGGAGAAGUCAGAUGGGUGAACUUUAGGGACUCCUAAAGUUGCUGGCUCCCAAGUCCUGCGGGGAAGGAGAGGGACACCGUGCCCACAGUGGUGCUCCUGAUACCAGAGCCCACCUGGAUUCAGCACCCGCUUGCUCAUGCGAGCCCCCUCUCUCGGCCAUGUUCUCCAUCAGUCUUCCAACAAGCCUGGAAACUGGCUUGUACUGUCCCCCACCUUGCAAAGGGGCAUUCGGGGCCCAACGAAGGACAUGUGACUUGCCCAGAGUCAGGGGGCUAGUAAGCUGGGCUGGGGCUUCAGAGGAGGCCUGGUGGGUCCUCUGCACAUGCUGCCUCCCUCCCCUGUG